AUGCAGCGCCUGCAAGUCACCAGAGCCAGCACGCGCGGGAAGCCCACCAGCGACGAUCAUAUCGACGUCAACUUGGUUCCUGCCAAUCUGGAAGUCACCAUGAACGACCGCGGUCGAGCCCAUGCUACAACGGGCCGCGUGGAGCCAUCCGGUCUUUCCUUCACUCAGCUGGCUGAGAUAGCCGAUCAAGCCCAGCUCCCAUGCCCCGGCGAUACUGAGGAUUUCGCCCACGUUGCGGAAGACCCCUUCACGGUGCCGCGUGCUCACGCCUACGUCACGACCACUCACGAACACCACGGGAUCUUGGAGGAGACGAUUCAAGCGAUCAAAAUCCCCAACACCUACGACGAAGCCAUGAGCUCUCCCCAGCGCGAAGAAUGGAAAGGAGCGUGCAGCAAGGAAAUGGACAAUCUGCGGAAACACAACGUCUACAAUCUGGUGCCCCUCAGCAGCGUUCCCAAGGGAGAGAAGAUCCUCGGAACGAAAUUCGUCUUCAAGAAAAAGCUGGACGGACGCUUCAAAGCUCGCCUGGUAGUCGGAGGACAUCGUCAAGAGCCAGGACAGGACUACGGACGCAGCUACGCACCAGUAUGCCGUAUCGGGAGCAUUCGCAUGACGUGCGCCAUUGGCUGCCACAACAACUGGCCCAUCUACCAACUGGACGUUGUCGGUGCCUUCCUGAACGCCCUCUGCGACAGAGAUGUGUACGUCAGACCCGCCCCCGGUACAUCCGCCAAGAACUCCGCGACGGGAGAACCUAUGGUGUACAAACUAGAACGGAGCCUCUACGGCCUAUCGCAGUCGCCUGCGCUCUGGAACGACACCCUGGACGAAUCCCUCACGGUGUUCGGAUGGAAAAGGACUCAAUCCGACCCCUGCGUGUACGUGUAUACCAGCGGCAACAUCAUCGUGAUUCUCACGGUCUACGUAGACGACAUUCUCAUCACAGGAGGAGACCAGCAGCUCGUGGACCAGAAGAAGAAGGAGCUCACGGAUCGAUUCGAGAUGACCGACAUGGGAGAGGUAAAGCGGAUCCUCGGGAUCGACGUGCAGCGGGACUACGAGCAAGGAACCCUGGCCAUUUCACAGGAGCACUACGUGAACACACUUCUGGAGCGGUUCGGAAUGCAAGAGGCCAACCCAGUGAGCACUCCUGGAUACGGAGCGGAAAUCUCCACGAAUCAACCUCAGGACCAAAUCCUAGGACCCACGGACAAGAAAAUCUACCAGUCGAUGACAGGAAGCAUCCUCUACCUGGCCCAGUGCACGCGAUUCGACCUCUCCUACGCUGCUCUACACCGUUCCAAGGCCUGCAGGAACCAAGCGCAGGUGAACAUGACAGCAGCCAAGCACGUUCUGCGAUACCUUCGGGGUAAUCCAGUUCUUCCUAUCGUCUACAAGAGAGGACAGUUUCGGCUAGCGGCGUUUACGGAUUCAUCCUUCGGAGCAAACCCCGACAACGGAAGAUCUACCACGGGAUAUCUCUUCUUUCUGGCUGGAGGACUCAUCAGCUACGGUGCGAAGACUCAAACUCUAACCGCACAAAGCACGGUCGAAGCCGAGAUUCAAGCACUUAGCUACUCAGCCAGAGAGGCGGUCUACAUCUCAAAUUUUAUGACGGAACUCAACUUCAAGACCUUCGGAUCGGUUCCCAUCAACAGCGACAGCACCGGAGCGCUGACAGUGGCCGGGAAUGCCAUGCACUCUCAACGCACGAAGCACGUGGCCCUGAGGUACUUUUUCAUCCGGGAGCUAGUACUACGGGGACAAAUUACGCUUCACCACCGGCCCAGCGAGCACCAGUUGGCUGAUAUCGCGACCAAGUACCUCCCAAAGCACCGAUUCGCCUCCAUCAUUCAGCAGAUCCAGGACUUCUCGUGUUGA